AUGAAGUACCAACAUCUCACCCCCGAGGAGCAAGAACAUUUCCUGACGAAGGGAUGGCUUCGCGUUCCAGGGGCAAUCAAACAAGAAUACAUCGACAAGUGGAUGCAAGACCUCUGGGCCAGAGUUGAUUAUGAUGAACAUGACAAGUCAACCUGGCACACCGACUACUUGCACCUUCCGAGGCAUCGCGAAGUUCCAGCCGAAGAGUUCGCACCAGAAGCGUGGAAUAAGAUUGUCGAAAUCUGUGGUGGUGAGGAUCGCAUCGAUCCUGUCCGCGAGCGUUACUAUGGCGACGCUUUCAUCAUCAACUUUGGCUCAGAGGAGAAGGCGAAGCAAAAGGGCUCGUUUGAUCCACGGGAGCAGAGGGGUUGGCACACGGAUGAUGACUGGUAUCGGAUGUUUCUAGACUCAUCAGGAAACGCUUUAACAGUCAUCCACGUCUUCACUGAUAUUCCUGAACGAGGUGGAGGUACUUGCGUCUGCGAAGAUGGCCUUAAAGGUGUUAUGAAAUGUCUCUAUGAACACCCCGAGGGCUUGGACCCGCCCAUUAAUGGUCAGAACUGUGCUCACGUCGGGGGCUGCAACGAGUUCUCAACGGUUGUCGCAAAGAAGGGUGAUGUGAUCUUGCUUCAUGGGCUUCUACCGCACACGGCUAGUCCAAACUACCUCCACUACGCUCGUGUCAUCAGUAACCCUCACGUAUCUUUGCACAGCCCCUACAACUUAAACCGUCCGGACGGGGACUAUAGCCUACUUGAACAAGUCAUCCUUCGAAACCUUGGCAGAGAAUCCCUGCCUGAGUACAAGCCAACACGAGAACGGAAGUUUUGGUAUCCUCGUAACGCAGGCUUCAAACGCGAGAAAGCUGCAGCUGAGCUUGAGAGGAUGAUUGCCGCUGCCAAAGCCAAGGGACUGGAUGAAACCGCAGUUGACAGCAUCUACCUCCGGAAAGGAACGCAAGAGUAUCGGGACUUUGAGAAGCGUAACGGAUUUGACAAAGCCGUGAAUGAAGUCAAUGGCUUACUCAUGGAACAACACAAGCUCUCCGCACAAUGGUGGCGCAAGCCCUUCAGCAUGCUCCAGACGAAUCUCCGCGAGAUCGAUGCGGACAUGAGUGUGGAUGACGUGGCGAACUACAUUCAGGAUCAUGGAGCAAACGCCUGGUUGAUUGGAAUAGGAGGAAUUCAGGCGCAGUAUCCCACGGAGUUGGCAUUUCACUCCAAGAAUGUGUUAUUGUCUCAACGAGAAAGCGGAGAUCUCAUCCAAGACGCCCUGACAGCCGCUCGCUCGAGGGGCCUCCGGCUCCUGGCCCGAAUGGACUUUUCAAAGGUCUCAGCGGAAGUUGCAGCAGAGCAUCCAGAAUGGUGCUUCAUCUCUCCGACGGGCAAUCGACAAGGGCAUACCGGGGACCUCUUCUCAGUUUGCCCCUCGGGUGGCUACUACCAAGAGCGAAUCUUCGACAUUUUGGAGGAAGUGAUCAAGCGGUAUCCGGUGGACGGCUUCUUCAUCAACUGGACUUCGAUGAACGAGGAAGACUAUUACAAACGCUAUCACGGAGUCUGCCAUUGUGACAGCUGUCAAAAAGGCUGGCUCGCCUUCUCUGGAGGACUCGAGCUUCCUAAGGGACCGAAAGAUCCGAACUACGCUGAGUGGCUCAGAUUCAGCCGAGAAGUUAUCGACGAGCUCACUGCUCGGAUCCGCGUCUUUAUCUCCAACAGACUUCCAGAUGCCUGUCUCAUUCUUGGAAAGACAGCAGAUAUCAUGUUUCAUGAGGCCAAUAAUGCCGUUGGCCGAGAGCUUUGGCACCAUGCGACGACGGAAAUGGUGAGCUCUUGGAUGUCGUACCGACCGAACGUUCCCGUCCUGGUGAACUCGACAUGCUUCAUGGACAUGCCAUACCGGAUAGCAAGUGAAGAGCCGGCUCAUUUUGCUCAAUACUUGCUUCAGUGUAUCUCUCGUGGAGGUUACCCUUCGACCUACAUGAUGGGUACUCCGGGCAAGAUUCCGUACCUGUGCCUCGACAUUGCGGGAGAGAUCACAAGAUUUCACAAAAAAUGGAGCGACAUUUACGACGGCCUGCGACCCUGCGCGAAGACAAGUCUUGUGAAGCCUGAUCGAGCUCAGAUGACUGGCACCCAGUUCGAAGAGGCUUUAUCAGAAUACCGGGGUCUCUACUCAGCCAUGCAAGAGCUUCAUGUUCCCUUCGAUGUCGUCUCACAGGAGCAUCUUUUAGCGAUGGCUGAAAGUGGAGAGUUGACUCGAUAUAAGGCCAUCGUCGCUCCUAAUCUCGGCAAGCUUACAUCGGCUGAGGCAAAGGCUUUGGAUGACUGGGUAUUUGCAGGCGGUCACCUGAUUACAACUGCAUCAACAGGAAUUGACGAGACCGGCUCAGCUCAGCUCAAGUCUCUCCCCUUCGAACGCCAAGUCGAAAAGGACGGCAACAGAGAACGUCUGUGGUCGACUUAUUUCGCGCCCCCGCAGACAAGCAAAGAUUCGCACGUUUAUAACGGACCUAUCGUCCCUCUUUACGGCGUUUAUCACUCAUUCGAUUGGAAGAAUGACUCACAGGGUGGCUAUAACAUGCUCGCCCACGCACCGUUCUCGCCCCCUGAGAAAGCGUACGGGAACGUUCAAGUAGAACAACGUGGCUACGGAACAGCAACAUUCGGCAGCGGCAAGGGCAUCGCCAUUCCAUUCACUGUGGGUCGAGGGUAUCGUGAACUCGGUCUUGGUGUCUUCAGGGACUUCUACUCUGGAAUUCUAAGGGACGAGGGCGGCGUUCAAGAACCACUUUCUAUCCACGUCGCCGAACAAGUGGAGGUUACUCUGAAUCGAAAUGGGAACAAGAUGGUAGUGCAUCUUGUUAACAUGUCCGGUGCACGGAAGCAGAACUUCGGUUCGCAUCUACCCAUUGUCGGCGGGAAGAUCCAGAUCACCGCUUCUGGACACAAUAUCGCGGCGCAGGCGCUUAAAAAGGACGAGACUCUCGAGGUGAAGGAUGGGGAGAUCAUGCUUCCAACUUUGGACUUGUACGAGGUUGUCGUGAUUGAAGGUAUUCUUUAG